AUGUCGCGCUUCAAGGGAGCUAUCCACCCCUCAGGGCGCGGAGGGGUGAACCAGCUCGGCGGAGUCUUCAUUAACGGACGCCCGUUGCCGCACGCGGUGAGGCAGCGCAUGGUGGAGCUCGCGCAACAGGGAGUGCGUCCCUGUGAGAUCUCCCGUCGCCUGCGCGUCAGUCACGGCUGUGUCAGCAAAAUAUUGGCCAGGUAUAAUGAGACAGGAAGCAUCAGACCAGGCCUGAUCGGAGGUUCAAAACCCAAAGUAGCAACUCCUGGAGUUGUGCAGAGGAUUGUACAUCUGAAACACAACCACCCCACCAUGUUUGCCUGGGAAAUCCGAGACAGGCUGGUGCUGGAACAAGUAUGUGACCACAGCAGCGUGCCCAGCGUCAGCUCCAUCAACAGGAUCAUCAGGAGCAACGUUCCAUCUGAGGCUUGCAAACUUGGAGGAGACGUAUCCUGCAGAGUGUACCAUCAUGACCAGCCAUCCUCCUGUUAUGGCACCUGGGGACGGUCUGACCGCCGUCUGAUCUCCAUCUCAGAGCUGACCUUUCACCCCACCCUGCCAGCUGAUCAUAAUCCAGGCCUGUAA